AUGAAUCAACUAACCUUGAAUUUCUCCCACAGGUGUGAGAUUCAACCAGGACCUCGUUUUCAAGUACGGCGUUACCACAUAUUCCGAAAUGGGCACUUCCAUUUAGUUCGGUACUAUUACUUGGACCCGUGGUGCACCAAGCCUGAUUAUUCCAUCUCUGCUGUUGGCUAUUUCGUACCCCCACCAGAAAAAGCAACUUCUUCGGCAGAUUCUUGGGUGGUACCAGGAGGAAUGGAACUGGACUACAUUUUACGGAAAGUGAUCGUUGUUCCUUUUACUGUCCAGGCAGCCGACAGACUUUCCAGAAAGGUAAACAGUUCUUGUCCAGGAGCUGUCCUAUCAUCAUGGAAGCCUUAUAAGAAGUACAAAGUCCUUGCUUAUGAAGAACGGACUGUCAGAAGGAAGAAAAAGUACCAUUUGGAUCUUGGAUUUUCUGAAGAUAUGGAUUGUAUGGAUUCCUUGAAUUUGAACUUCAAUGAAUUGCAGUUGAUGAGACUGGAAUAUCGUCCUCCUUUGCCUUUUGACAUUGGACCAGCUCAAGAAUAUCUCCAAAAGUUUCAUUCACAGCUAUUACUUGGAGCUGAAGGACCACAAGCUGGGAACAGACCAACUUACUAUCAAGUUCCACUCUUAGCAUCGCAGACGGAUUCCUGUUCAUUCUGUCGUGUUCUCUCUAAAUCAAGUGCAAUGUCACCACCUCAAUUACCAACUUCACAACGCUUAUAUUUGCCACAUGCAGACCUUAAUGGCCACUGGAUGAGCUUACGCUGCGAAGUCCACCCUUAUGGUCUCUUUCUGAUUCGAAUUUUUAUUUUCAACAGCAAGGACAGCAGCUGGCAGUUCAGACACCUGUACUAUAGGGAUGCAAAGUGCCUGAAUCCCAUGUUCAUUCUCAGUGCCAAAGGUUCAUACAAAGUGGGAAAACCUUCAGACACAAUACCAGAUGCAGUUGAGUAUGAAUUUCAUGUCUCAGAAUCGUUUUUAACCCCGGAAGAUAAGCAGUUCGUGAACAACCUGAUUGGACUCCAUUCAUGUGGGUCAAGUUCUAAUUGGAAGGUCAACCAGAUGGUUAAUAUAACAGCUUUCGGCGGCUGCAAGGAGCUGGGUAUAACUGUUCCAUCGACAGAAAAAGAUCUGGUGAGAUUCGAGGGGCGAGAACCUGAUUUGACCUUCUUGUACCUUGGUGAGGCGUCUGAGGACCAUCAGCGACCAACAAGUUUCCAGCCAGCUCUGAUGCGUUGCACUUCUCUGAACGUAGCAUAUGACGAUGACUUUUUAUUGAAUUAUAACCACCUUCGCCCAUUACCGCUGGUGUCAGGAUCUUCAGAUUUGCAAGGAAUUUUUUAUCAUAUCAUAGGACUUAUUAUUAGUUAUGAUUUACUACUGAGGUUCAGAGAUAGUUUUGUCUUUUAAAUGCAUCCUGCUAUAGGCUCAAUUUUAUUGUAAUUUAUAAAUACUUUUUUUAUUCGUGCCAUGGUAAAAUGGAAAUCGUCAAAAUUGUAAAUAUGUUAGUGUUUAAGGUCUGACUAUUACACCAAUUAGCUUGUACAAGGGAAGCCAUGGUGGUCUGACGAUUUCGAGAUUCAGCAGACACCAUGAAAUGUAACUUAAGUAUUUAUUUAAUCUUACGAAACAACAGAAAUCUUCUCUUGUGCUUCAUAUUUUGCACACCAUAUUUCUAAAUAUUUCUCACGAAAGCUGGUUUUCUUUAGUAGUAUAUGUUGGAAUGCAGAAUAUUUACUGACAAUGCAGAUGUUCAGAAAGGUGAGGGAAUAUCGCAUACUGCUAGAGAAGCCAGACUGAUCCCCAGCAAAUUUUUCCCUAUCCUGUGACUUCUAAAGGAGGAGAUGUUUCAUAGACGUCACGUUCUCCAGACUUUCUUGUAUACAGUUACUUUCUAUUCGGUUAAGUAAAGUCUUAAGAGCACGUUAAUAAACCAUGGCACAUAAGCGAAUUCAGGGAAUUUCAGCUACGCCAAUUAGCAUGGUCCAAAGUUUGUCACAAAUCGUGGAGAACAUUUGAAAAACAUGUUUUCAAAACAUAAAAGACUGAAAACAGCAAUGGCAUUUAUAAUAAAUGGCACUGUGUACCUUGUUGCUAACCUUUUUUUAAGAAUGCAGAACUGUUUUAAACUACAAAUGCAUUUAAUGAUUGGGAACACACUAGAUGGUAAACUACUGAAUAUGAGUAAUUUAUUGCUUUUUAUUUAUGUUUGGAAACCUACCAUACUGCUCACUGAUGUAAGUUAAAUUGCAAAUAUCGUCUUCAAAAAAUGUGACGAGAGAAUUCUUCGAAGGAACACAUUGGACUGAGUUCAACACUUCAGAGUAGUUAGAUCGUAAGACUUUCGAUAUGUCUGCUUUCUUUAACUGAACAUUCCUACAUAAAAUUCAAUCGUAAUCAUGCUGUUCUCGCACCAGUUAUUCGGACUACUUCCAAAUGACAUGCUCACCGCCUCAUCAGACUACACUGGAAUAUAAUAUAUACGUGCUGAAUUACUGUACUUUUACUGUAAAUAAUAUUUAGUCAGAGACAGAAGAGAAUCAUGGAAUCUGGAGUUUGGAAAUAGAAACAAUUCAUCAUUAGAUUAUUAUUUUAAGGAAACAGCUGUAUGCAUUUCGUGAGAAUCUAACAUAGAUCUCUCUUAUUCGAUUUCCUAAAAGUCUUGUGACAAGAAAAGGGCUAAGAAAUACAGAACUUCCAAGCCAGAGCUGCUUUGGAUUAAAAUGAGAAAUGGUGUUUAGGCAGAAAGCCCUCGGGCUUUAAAUACACGAUUCAAUACAUUUUCCUCCUGAAGGAGAAAAUCUUUUCUGUAUCCCUUUUGAAGAAAAAUAUCAAUUAAACAGUUGCAAUAAAAAUAACGAUGAAGUAAGCAUCGAAGAUAGGGUACUAAGAUAUAUAACAUAUAACACUAGAAACAUCUUUUGCUUAUAUUCAUAGCAAUUUUCAGUUGCGGUGAGUCAACUCCCGAUUGUGGAUUAAUCACGACAAGUAAAAAAAAAAAAAAACUGUUGUUGAAUGAUAAAAUUAUUUUUACAGAUCAUCAGCGCAAAAUUAAAGAGUCUACGGAAAAUAAAAGCUCCUUAAUCCCUUUUUAUAACUAAAGUCUCUUCAUUUCUGAAUUUACUUCUCCAUUAUUCAAAGAAUGUUCUUUUUGUUUUAAAUACUGACUCAAUUUACGCAACCAAAUGAUUUUAUUCUCCUAAACUGCUUGGAAUACAAGUACAUUUUUCAUAGUACAUUCCUGUUAAUUAUAAUAUGGAUUAUUUCUCUUUCCUGCUUUUCUUUCUUUUAACUGCUCUUAGAUUAACAGGUCAUUUAUGGUAUUAAUAGUCAUCCCUGGUAUUAUUUCGGUAAAUCGGGAGUUUACUAUCUUAUAAACUUCAGUAAAUUGUAUCAAUAUUAAAUAUAUCAUUAAAAAUAAAUUAUUAAGAA